CCCUAAUCUCACUCACUUUUCUCCUCUCUAGUUUACGAAUGUGUGAGUGAGUGAGGUGAAAGGUGAAGGACAGUGACGUGCAGUGAUGGACUGACCGAGUUUAAUAACUAAAUUCUAUUUACUAUUUCACUGUUUUAAUUUAGAUUUUUACCAAGUAAAAAGAGUUUGAGUUCUAUUUUCUAUCGAUAAGAGUUACUUGUAAAUAAAAUGCAUUUCAAAGUGUGUUUUAUACUUUUUCUUUUUUCAUUCAUAAAAGCAAGCAGCGAAACUUUACAAAGUGUUAGUGAUGAUGAUCUCCUUGAAUUAAUUAGAGAAAAAGAAAAGCUUAUUGUCUUAUUUAGCAAACCCAACUGUGAUAAAUGUGUGGAGUUCGAAACUCACAUAGAGAGUCUACAGGAUGAUUUUAAGAAGCAUUUGAAUGCUGUUAGUGUGAAAGCAAUAAACAGCCACUUGAGCAGGCUGUAUAACCCAGCCAAGGAUCCCGCACUUGUCUUCUUUAGACAUGGUGUACCUUUACUCUUUAAUGGGGAACCUGAUGAAAAUGAAAUAUACGGGUUCUUUGAGAAGAACCAGGCGCCUUCAGUUAAAGAGCUCACUGAUAAAAUAUUUGAGCAUUUGACUCAGGCAGCUACUGGUGCAACCACUGGUGAUUGGUUUGUCAUGUUCUAUGGAGCAUCCUGUGUGGAGUGUCAGAGGUUGCAUGCAGUAUGGGAGAGUGUGGGAGCCACAUUGAAGGGCCGCAUCAACGUUGCACGAAUGGAUGCCAACCUGGCAGGUCUCAACACAGCUAAGAGGUUCAAUGUCAACAAACUGCCUAGUUUCCUCUUCUUCCGUCUUGGAAAGGUGUACAGAUUUGAUUUGCCUAAGAAAGAUGUGAAAUCUUUUGUUACUUUUGCUCAAGACUGGUAUAAGAACUCUAAAGGAGAAACUGUGCCCCUGCUGGCGUCACCUUUCGAUGAACUGGUAGACUGGUGUGUCCAAAUGAUUAAAGUAAGCAUAGCUUUUGCUCUAGAAAUACUCUCUGAACACCCUUGGAUAUGGCAAAUCGGGGUUGCAGGAUUUGGAUUAGUAGCUAUAACUGCAGCAAUAGCACUUUUCAAAGCAGGAAAAUCAAGACCUGCCAAGGAUCCGAAAAAAGACAAGAAGAGUAAAUAAUCUUGUUAUUUUUAUAUUCUAUAAAAACUAUUUUUUAUGCAUUUAAUAUUUUAUUUAUAGUUAUCGUUUAUUUUUAUAGAAUUUGCAUUUACUUAAUUUGUGUUGUGAAUAAGUAACUUGGUGAUAAAGGGUCUGAAUCCAAAAGUGUAACUUUUGUUGCUGUUUGGAUUUAUAAUUCAGUACUAUUGCAUAUAUUUUAUUUACUAUGUAUAUUGUAGACAAGGACAUUAAAAUACACAUGAAGAAACCUUGAAAA